AUACAGUAUAGUCAGAAAGUUACAAGAAGACAAGAAUGACGGAAAAUAAAAAUAAACCGACUAUUUAUUGGUCGAGUGUGAGUUUCUUCACUGUGCUGCAUGUUAUGGGAGUCUAUGGAUGGUAUCUGAUAUUCACCAAAGCCCUAAGGCUAACCGUAAUAUGGGCUCAUGUGUAUGCCGUAUUCGGUGGAAUGGGAAUCACAGCGGGAGCACACAGGUAUUGGACACAUCGCUCCUACAAAGCCAAACUACCUCUUCAAGUGCUGCUUAUGCUAUUCAACUGCAUCGCUUUACAAAACCCUAUAAUAGACUGGGCUCGCGACCACCGCAUGCACCACAAGUACUCGGAAACGGACGCGGACCCUCACAACGCUAAACGGGGUUUCUUCUUCUCCCACAUUGGAUGGCUUAUGGUUAGAAAGCAUCCGGACAUCAAAGCUAAAGGUCAUACCAUCGACAUGAGUGACCUAAUGUCCGAUCCAGUCCUUCAAUUCCAAAAAAAGAAUUAUGGGAUUUUGGUACUAUUAAUGAGCGUAAUAGUGCCAAUGUACGUCCCCACGCUGUGGGGUGAGGCGCCGUGGACCUCCUUCGUCGUUUGCGUCUUAACUCGCUACGUAACCACAUUAAACUACACUUGGCUAGUCAACUCUGCUGCACACAUGUGGGGCAACAAACCCUACGACAAGAACAUCAGCCCAACUGAGAACAAGCUCGUGUCAUUGGUAACCUUUGGUGAAGGUUUCCACAACUACCAUCACACCUAUCCUUGGGACUACAAGACUUCAGAACUAGGAAGUUCAUUGAAUUUUACUAAAGUAUUCAUUGAUUUUAUGGCCGGAAUAGGUUGGGCAUAUGAUCUGAAGACGGUAUCUAGCGAGAUUAUUGAACAGCGCAUUGAUAGAACUGGGGAUGGUAGUCAUGUUAAAAAUAAUGAAAUUGAUGUUUGUAGUACUAAAGUUCAAAAUGUAUUCUAGGCUAACUUGUAACUUAGUUUUAUGAUUUGUGAAAGCUUUUGGGACCACGCAAACCUUUAAAAUCUGCUUAUAAGCAGUAGGCAGUGAUUUUUCCACAAGCAUAAUGCUCUACACAUCACAUGAAUUAAGAUUUACGGAUGUGAUGAACAGCAGGAUAAUCAGGGGACCAAUCUAUAGCCCAUUAAAAUAACAUGAUCUGGAAGACAAGCAGCUGAACGUGUUUAUUCCGUGGGUGGACCUGUGGGGCGCGGGGGGUCAUGUCAUACAUGUUGUCCCGGGCGACAGGUAUCUAAUUCUCUACGGAGAUGAUCGUCUGCGACCUGGUGACCAGUCCCGCCUGACAUAAAAGCUGGUUCAUUCUAUGUUUUUUCUCUACUUCAGCAAAGAACCAAAGUUUUAU